UCUUGCUGCCGGGGAUCCCCUCCCGCACGGCCUCCGCUCCCCGACUCACUCUGCCCUCAUUGGCUCAGGGCUGGCAGCUGCGGGGACAGAGCUGAGCAGACACAGACAAAGGGAGAAGUUGGCAGAGAGGUUUGCGCCCUGGGAGGAACCAAGAGCACAUGUGUGCAGCCCUGGGCCCCUCGUCCCGCUGCUCUGACGUCUCCCUGAGCCCGUUUCCCCUGCCGGGAUGCUGCUCCCUCUGCUGCUCCUGCCCUGGGCAUGGGGGGCUCUGGACGCCUCCCCUCCUGUCCCCACAGAGUCUCUCACUCUCCGGCUGCUCCAAACCAUCAUCUUCCACAACGCCAGCUCCACGGACAUGCAGGGGACGGCCCUGCUGGGCGACCUGGAGACUCACUCCCUGGACUGCAGGACCUGCAAGGUCCGCUUCCUGCAGCCCUGGGCCCAGCAGGGCCUGACCCCAAAGCAGUGGCAGGACCUGGAGAAGUUGAUCUAUAACAAUCUGUCCAACUUCAUCCGUAUGGUGAACGAUCUGGUUAAGCAAGAAGGAGAGGGCUUUCCAGACCCCUUUGUUACCCAGUUCACCGAGGGCUGCGAGCUCCACCCCAAUGGCACUCCCAGGGGAUUCUGUGAUGCUGGGAUGAACGGCGAGGACUUUGUCAGCUUUGACACGGAGAGCGGCAAAUGGGUCGCUCGCCAGGGGGAUAAACUGACUCUCAAAGCCCAGGAGAUUCUUAACUACAACCGGGUUGUGGCCAUCACGCUUCAGUUUCUCCUGAGAAUGACGUGUGUCAAUCUGAUCAAGAGCUUUGUCCAGUAUGGGAAAGAGUCUCUGGAGAGGCAAGAGCGGCCGGUCGCCGUGGUGUUUGCCCGAGCGCCUCCCUCAGCCGGGACCCCCGCGCCGGUACUGCUGGUUUGCCGGGUCACCGGUUUCUACCCCCGGCCCGUCCGCGUGGCCUGGCUGCAGGACGGGGAGGAGGUGGGGCCGGGCUGGUGGCUGAACUCCAGCGGGAUCCUGCCCAACGCGGACCUGACCUACCAGCUGCGCAGCUCCCUGGCCGUGGAGCCGGGUGCCGGGCACAGCUACGCCUGCCGGGUGCAGCACAGCAGCCUGGGGGGCCGGAGCCUGCUGGUCCCCUGGGAGCAGAGCAGGCCCUGGGGCCCCGGCCUGGUCGUGGGCAUCACCCUGGGGGUUGUGGCCGUAGCCGCCAUGGCCGUGGUGCUGUGGCGGAGCAGACGCAGGUGAGUCCUCCCCUCUCUGGGGUGGGGGUGGGUCCGUUACACCCCCUAACCCAUCCCCUCUGCUCUCUCCUUCCAGGGGCUACCAGGAUGUUGGACCAGGGGAGUCCAGGCCCUGAGGGAGCGGCACCGGCCCCAGACCCAGCAUGGGGAUCGGCCCCUCUCCUGGGGACAUGGACCUUGGGGCUGGAUCUGUGCUCGGCUCCAGAGCUCAGGGCCCCAAGGGCAGGACUGGAUCGGGGCCCUGGGAGAUCGGGGCCCGGGGUGGGAUUCUCCUCCCUCUGGACGUUGGGGGCACGUUGGACACUUGGGGCACUGUGGGAUCGCGGGGGUCCAGGAUCCACAGGGAGCCGGCGCUGGCCUGUGCCGUUCAAUAAACCCUUCAGGGAGGGGCUGUCCAGUGGACCCCACCGGGGGCUGUAGGAGCCAGGGUCUGGGUGCAGGGGUCAGACACAGCUAC